UGAACCAAUCAGAGCUCGAGUUCACUGUUACCAAACAUAUCAGCGCUGACUUUUUCUUUAUUUUCGGUUAAAGUUGAAAAUCAUCAAAGUAAAUAACUAAAUGGCUACAAUAUAUAAGUACAGCGAGAACAGAUAAUUACUAUCAUUACUUUUAUUUCCUCGUCUUUUUUCCGACUCAAAUGACGUAAUAGGUGUGCGACGACGAGAAAGUUGUCUGUAGUCAGACGAAGGAUGUCAACAAGUUUAAAACAGGCUUUAAAAUCUCACUUUGGCUUCGACGGCUUUAGGUCUAAACUUCAGGAAGAUGUUGUUAAGGCUGUCGUUAGAGGUCAGAGGGAUGUGUUCGUGUGCAUGCCAACCGGAGCAGGGAAGUCUCUGUGCUAUCAGCUGCCUGCAGUGCUGGCUGAGGGUAUUACUCUGGUUAUAUCCCCGCUAAUCGCUCUCAUUCAGGACCAAGUGGAUCACCUGAAGGAGCUCAACAUCGCUGCCUGCUCCAUCAACUCCAAGCUUCCGGUGGGCGAGCGCCGUCUGAUCCUGGCUGAUCUGGGGAGCAAGCGGCCCAAACUGAAGCUUCUCUACAUCACUCCAGAGAUGGUGGCCUCGCCCUCUUUCCAGCCCUGCCUGACGGGCCUGUGUUCCCGCGGCCUGCUGUCCUACCUGGCUGUGGACGAGGCUCACUGCGUCUCCCAGUGGGGCCACGAUUUUAGGCCAGACUACCUCAAACUGGGUGAGCUGCGGGCUCGCAUACCAGGAGUUCCCUGUUUGGCGCUGACGGCAACAGCUCCCAAGAACGUUCAAGAAGACAUUGUUCAGUCGCUUAGGCUGCGCUGUCCGAUGUCUUUCGUCACGCCCGUCUUCCGCAGCAACCUUCAUUAUGACGUGAUCUUCAGGGAUCUGCUGCCGAACCCUUAUGCUCACCUCCAUGCCUUCAUCAAAAAAGCUCUGGCUAUGGACAGUGGAUCCGCUGGACAGGGUUGUGGGAUUGUUUACUGUCGAACUCGGGAAGGCUGCGAAACGGUUGCUUAUCAGCUGAACAAGCUUGGAGUCGUAGCAAAGGCUUAUCAUGCAGGUAUGAAGGCAGUAGAUCGCACUGAGGCGCAGAACGAGUGGAUGCAGGGGAAGGUGCUGGUUAUUGUUGCAACCAUCAGCUUCGGCAUGGGAGUGGACAAAGCCAACGUCAGAUUUGUUGCACAUUGGAACCUGGCAAAGUCUCUGGCGGGUUUCUACCAAGAGUCCGGACGAGCAGGUAGAGACGGUCUGCCCUCGUUGUGUCGCACAUAUUAUAGUCGGAAGGAUAAGGAUCAGCUAAACUUCCUCAUUCGGCAGGAAGUCACCCGGAGACAGGAGAAACGAGGCUCUUUUAAAGAGACCGACAAAGCAGCUCUCACGGAUUUGGAAGCCAUGGUUUUGUUUUGUGAGCAUGAAGGAUGUCGCCAUGCCAACAUCUCCAAGUUUUUUGGGGACAAGACGCCGAAGUGCGCAGGUGCCUGCGACUUCUGCCUCAAUCCCAAAGUCGUGCGGGCCCAGCUGGAGCGAGCGGCCGCUCUCAGCACCAAGACCGAAGAGGGCCAGAGUGGGGAGCCCAAAGGGCCGUUCGGGUACCUGCCGGAGCAAUAUGGAGGAGGGAAGAAGGGCUAUGGCUUCGAAAGGUACGAUGAAGGGGAGGAAGGAAGUGUUGAAGAGGAGACUAAAAAGAGGAAGAAAGAGUUUUCUGACCUCUUCAAGAAGCAGAUGAAUCUACGGAAGGGCUCUGACGGCCCGAGGAAGGACUUUGUUCCACCAGAUGCUGACUGUCCGCUCAGAGAGGCCAGCAGCCAGAGGAUCCCCCGGCUCACGGUGAAGACCAGAGAGCAUUGCCUGUACCGCCUGCGAGAUGCUCUGCGUGACCACCAGGGGUCAGAAGACAUAUUCAGCUGCAGCAGUCUGAUGUCAGCGGUGGAUUUAGAGCAUGAGGUCUUCAAUAGCUGCAAAUCCUCCAAUUUGUACAAAGCUGCCAUCUUGAAGAAGGUGUCGGAGAUUACAAAAUCAGCACCUCGGACGGAAGAAGGCAGCAACAAUGACUCCAGAGAAACAGAGACGAAGCAUAAAGCCGAUGGAAGUUCCUCGUGUUUAUACCCAGAGGAGCUGCAGGGCUUCACCUCGGCCUCUCAGAUCUACUCUAUGAAGCGGAAAAGAGUGGGAGCGGGCCAGAGGGGCUCCUCCAACUGCUUCCAGUCCGCCAAGGAUCUCCUGAAUCCCGUGUCUAGCAAAGUGACAGAGAACAGAGGAUUCAUCGGCGACUCCUACGUGGAGUCAGACGUCAAACGGAUCAGGGUGAAAGAGUCAGAGACAGAGACGCCAUCGUCCGUCAGAACCGGAGCCGUCAGCCCGGCCAAAGCAGGCAGAGUCAUGAGCAGGAAGCAGCAGAAAAUGGCGGAAGCGGCGAAGAGUUCUCGCAACAUCUCGCAGUACUUUGUGAAGAAGAAACCCGCGGAGGAGGAAGAGCUGCGCCCGGAGGCAGGCGGCUUGUCGUCAGAGACUCUCGGUGAGGUUUAUGAGGAGAACUCAAGGCAAGAGCUUCAUUCCCUGCCGAGCGACCCUGCGCUUGUAGAGAGCCAGGAUCUGAUCCUGAUAGAACCUAAAACGGAAGUCAUCGUUUUGUCUGACGAUGAAGAGCAGGAAGCGGGAAGAGAAGCAACUUUGACUCUGGUUGAAGACAUUCCUCAUGAGGAUACGACUUCUAUCACUGCACCAAACCAACCUAAAGAAAAAGAAGAAGAAGAAGAAGAAGCAUCUUCUAGUGGACUUUUAGUUCAAGAGGUUGCUGACGAGGUGGAAACGGAGCAGAAGGAGGCGUCUCCCAGGGCGAAGCGCAGCCGGACGUUGGGUUCUAGCAAAAGGAGAGUGACGUUCAACCCGGAGGUGCAGGAGAGGUCGCUGCCGCCGCCCGGUGACCCCGGUGAACCUUUGAAGGCCGUGACGCUGCAGGAAACGGCUAACAUUGUGGUCCAUUAUCUCAACCCCUAUUAUACUCAGGGAAAGUUUGCUACUAAGGUUCUGUUUAAGUCUUUUGCGCGAUACUUGUCUCACCUUCUUACAGAGGGUAAAAGUUGUGAAAAAAGCCAAGUUAAAGAUGAAGCGAAAGCUCUCAUCAAGACGUUUUUCAGCAGAGUCCAGCGCUGCGAGAGCGAGGCCGACUGGGCGCACCUGAAGAGACCACACAACUCCAAAGCCCCCGAGAGCAAGGACUGAUGGGACAUGGAGUCCUUUUCUUGUGUCGAAGCCUUCUUUAUCAGUGGUUCCUGCUGUUGAUCUCAGGCCUUUUAUUCAAAAAGCUUCAAAUGAAGGGCUUUUGCAGCUGCUUGCAUGUCAUGUCAACACAUGAGCAAUAAAACUGACAGUCUGUCAGUGUAAUGAUGAGACAAGUGCUCUUAAUCUUUUA